AUUGUUCAUGACGAAGUUGUUUCAACGAUACGUAUCUAAGACUGCGUUGUUGUUUAAAGUUAUAGCAAACGCCGACUCUAUCAGCUGUUUUAGAUGAUGACUGUACAACAAUCGCAGUAAACAAUUUAAUUCGAAAAAUAGAAGGUAGGGGGCAAGCGACGUUAUCAAUUUUUAAUACCAAAUUUACGUAUCAGUACGACUGGAGAAGCAUUUUGUAGCCCGUUUGUUGUACCUAUCUAGCAUAGGACUAUCGCAAAAUGAUCCGAUCUGUUACUUCCCCCUUAGCAGCCGUUCUUAAGAGGAGUUACUCAAAUGUUGCGCCUACCACAAAAUUAUUUAUCGAUGGGGAAUUCGUCGACUCAAAAGCGACGGAAUGGGUGGAUCUGCACGAUCCAGCUACCAACAACCUAAUCACCAGAAUACCGCUAACUACUCGAGAAGAGAUGGAAGCCGCCGUGGAGUCGGCCAAAAAGGCAUAUCAUUCCUGGAAAAAUACGUCGGUACUGACUAGGCAGCAGCUGAUGUUGAAAUUUCAAGCGGCGAUAAGAAGAGAUAUGAAGAAAAUAGCGGCCAACAUCACAUUGGAGCAAGGAAAAACGCUAGCAGAUGCCGACGGAGACGUUAUGCGAGGAAUACAGGUUGUCGACCAUGCUUGUGCUGCCGGAACCCUUCUUCAAGGCGAAUCUUUGCAAAGCAUUUCCAAAGACAUGGACAUUGUCUCCUACAAAGUUCCACUGGGAGUCACGGCGGGUAUUAGUCCUUUUAAUUUUCCGGCCAUGGUGCCCUUAUGGAUGGUGCCGAUGGCGCUCAUAGCCGGAAACACCAUCAUCAUUAAACCAUCUGAAAGAGAUCCCGGAGCAACCAUUUUGCUCAUGGAACUGUUGAAUGAAGUCGGAUGUCCUCCGGGUGUUGUAAACGUAAUUCACGGAACCCACGACGCAGUCAACUUCAUUUGCGACCACAAAGACAUCAAAGCCAUAAGUUUCGUAGGUGGAGAUAAAGCCGGGAAGCAUAUCUACCAGAGAGGAGCAGCGAGUGGGAAACGUAUCCAGUCAAAUAUGGGCGCAAAGAACCACGCCAUAGUCUUGUCGGACGCAGAUAAAAAUUCAGCAUUGGAUCAAAUUGUUGGGGCCGCGUUUGGGGCAGCUGGACAAAGGUGUAUGGCUUUAAGUGUGGUUAUUUUGGUGGGCGAGAGUCAAAAAUGGAUACCGGAUUUAGUUGAGAAAGCGAAAAGGUUGAAAGUGAGCGCCGGUCACGAACCUGGCACCGAUGUCGGCCCUGUGAUUUCACCCCAAGCUAAAGCGAAAAUUUUGCACCUAAUCGAACAAGGAAUAAAGCAGGGUGCCAAAUGCCCAUUGGACGGACGUAACAUCAGAGUGGAAAAAUACCCCAACGGUAACUUCGUCGGGCCUACAAUCCUAACGAACGUCCUACGUACCAACGAUUGCUACAAAGAAGAAAUCUUCGGCCCGGUGUUGUCGGUGAUGUCGGCCGAUAACCUCGAAGACGCGAUAGAAAUCAUAAACUCAAAUCCGUACGGAAACGGGACCGCGAUUUUCACGACAAGCGGCAACUUUGCGAGACAGUUUGUCAACGAAGUCGACGCGGGACAAGUGGGAGUGAACGUGCCCAUUCCGGUGCCAUUGCCGAUGUUUAGCUUUACGGGAUCCAGGGGUAGUUUCCACGGCGAUUUGCACUUUUACGGAAAGCAGGGUUUGAAUUUUUACACGGAAACGAAAACGAUCACGUCGCUCUGGAGAAAGGGACAAGUUGCUAGUCGGCCGUCGGUUGCAAUGCCUGUUCAUAAUUAAACUAAUUCGCAAAGAUAGUUAGUUGUUAUCCUAUUAUACAAAAUUGCAUAUUUGGUUUGCAAAUAUAUUUGUUACUCUC